UGUUAACUAUCAAGAAUGUAUUGUUCCUCUUCUAUAACGUUUCUCAAAUAUUGAACAUUUAGCAUUAUUAUUAGCUAUUGAUAUAACAAUAACUACACUAGAUCAUGUUGUUGAUGGAUUUUAUUUAAAGACAAGUAUUGUUUCAUACGUGGCUAAUUUACCUCAAUUUAAUUUUCACAUUCGUUCAAUAUUAGAAAACGCUUCUCAAAUAGAAAUUGAUACAAUUCGUCAAAGUUUUUUGUGA